GCAAACUCCGAGACGCCAUAUUGCCCCAUUUUCCUUAGUGUAGAGUGCUGUGUGAUGCUUAUUUUCGGCCAUUUCCUCGCUAUUUCCCCUCCUUAGCCCCUCAGCUCGGCGCGGGAAUUAAAGAGAAGGGGCGUGAGGAUGGCGUCGUCGUCCAUAGAGGUGAUGGGAGUGGGGGGCGGGGAGGUGAAGGUGAUGCUGAUGGACGACUCUGUGGGUGAGGACGGGGAGAUGGAUGAGGAACUGCACACUAUCAUCACUGCAUCCGCUGACGAUAAUGGUGAGAUGGUGACGUCUGUAGAGGCCCAGCCAGCGCCCACUGAUGAGCUACUGGACAUGGACGGGGAGUUCACCACUUUGGAGGGGAUGGAGCCCCCGCCAGGCACCAUCAUCUUCUCCCCCCAGGACUUACUGCGGCCCUCAAAACCUUCACAGCGUGGCCGGGGACGUCCCGCGCUGCGCCCCGGCCUGACCUCCAUAAAGCUGGAGCCCCGCGCCCCGCCCACCUACGGCCCAUCGGGGGACUUGGAGGUGCCGGUGUCCUGUGAGGUGUGUGGGAAGGUGAUGAUGACGGGGAAGACUCUGGUGCAGCACAUGGCCAUCCACUCCGACCUGAAGCCCUUCCAGUGUCCACAUUGCCCCAAGUCGUUCGCCCGAAAGGUGCACCUGCAGGGCCACCUGGUGGUGCACGGCAUAGAGAAGCAGUUUGAGUGUCCCAUCUGCCACCAGCGGUUCAGCCGGCAGGACUGCGUCAAGGUGCACAUGCGCCUCCACGACAAGAGCAAGUGUGUGUUCUGCGACGUGUGCCACAAGGCCUUCCUCACCGUGGGCGCCCUCAACAUCCAUCUGCGCAUCCACCGUGGGGAGAAGCCCUUCAAGUGCCACCUGUGCUCCAAGUGCUUCACGCAGAAGAACCACCUCAUCACACACAUCAAGCGCCACACCAAGGUCACCGACGAGCACUUCACCAAGAAGCUUGGGCCGCGCAUGUUCAAGUGUGAGCACUGCCCCCGCUCCUUCAUCAGGCUCAGCGACUACGAGCGCCAUGUGCAGUGGAACCACGGGGCAGUGGCCGAGGGCAGCAUUGUGGACAAGCUGCCCACUGUGGCCAACCUGCUGGACGGGGAGCUCAAGCAGACCGGCCUCACCCCACAGGUAUUCAAGGCCCCCAAGGACGCCCUCAACAGCAAGCCCCGCGUGCGCCGCCCCAAGAAGGUGAUGUGCACCACCUCCACCCAGACCGACGAGGACGGCGGCCGCAUCAUUGUGCCACGCCAGUACCAGGUGUCUGCCGGCACCCAGGUGUCCGCACCCCCCACCCCCCGCCAUGACGAGGACAUGUAUGAGAACGACAUCUUCGACGAGGGCAUGGACCGCAACUACAGCUCCGAUGAGGACGAGGACGGCGCCCGGCCCACCGACGGCACCGACCCCCUUGAGCAGAAGGUGUUCUCCCUCCCAGCCACCGGCGAGAUGGCCUCCGACCCCAUCCAGGAUGCAGCCUUUGAUGCCAUCGUGCAGGGCCGGGGCGCCCCACGACCCGGGGACCACGCCACCGACACUGCCGCCACCACCGCCACCGCUGCCACAGACAAGCACUCAGAGUUCCUGCAGGAGGUGGUGAACUCCAUGGUGCGUCAGGCCGUGCCACACAGCCCCCCACCACAACCACCGCCACAGCCUGCUGAGGCCAAGCUGGCGGCGCAGGAGUCUGCCACGGAGCUGCCUGAGGUGCGGUCAGUGCCCGGUGUGGGACGGGCAGUGUCCAGCACUGCACCGCCGCCGGUGGUGGUGCGAGGGGGGGGCAGCAGCGGCGGUAAGGAGGGGGUGGUGAAGGUGAAGAAGGAGCCGGUGGGAGUGCUGCCCAUCACACUCAUCAACCCACCCAAGCGAGGGCGGGGCCGGGGCCGGGGCCGAGGCCGGGGCAGGAAGUGGAGUCCCUAUGGGCUGUCUGGGGCUGCGGAGCUGCGCGCCAUCCGCAUGAACAUGAGGCGCAGCAUUCUCAGUGCAGAGGAGGAGCGUGCCGACCAGAGGGAGGAGGAGGAGCGAGAGGAGGAGGCGACGGCAGCGGCAGUAGCAGCAGCGGCAGCGGUGGUGGAGGUGGAGAGUGGGUUGGAGGGUAGCGUGGUGGAGGAGGUGGAGACGGAGGGGCGGGGGAAGCGUCUGGCCAAGAACAAGCAGCACGGCAAAGACUUUGUCUGCAACAUGAAGAACUGCGAGACAUGCUGCCCCCCUGCCAAGCCCCGCCCCACCCAACCCACCCCCACCACAACUGUCAAGGUUAAGGUCAAGGUGCAGGACAAGGCCGACGGGGCCAAGAAGGUGGUACCCCGCCCUGCCCCUGCCUCGCAGGCCCCGACGGUGUCUGCUAGCCAGGCGGACAGUGUGCACGGCCUGCUGAGCCUGGCGCAGGCCGCCCCACUGCUCAGGACCGUCAAGGUGGAGCAGCCUCGCCUCGAGGAGCCCAAGAUGAAAGUGGGCAAUCGUGUCGGCUCCUACCCGGUUGACAUCACCGCCAACCCAUGUAGCGGUGUGGUGCGGCGCGAGGACUACUUUGUGACGAGUAGCAGCGGAGAGUCUGUGGUGUCUCCGCCGGUGGAGCUGAUGUCGUUCUGCAUCCCCACCUACUCCUGCAAGCUGUGCUCCAGAGAGUUCCGCUUUGAGGGCAAACUGCACCGACACAUUGAGAGUGUGCACCAAAACAAGGCCAUCUUCUCCCCGGACGUCAAGCCGGGCCGGGGCUCCAGCAAGGUGGUGGGGCCGCCCGGCACCAUCUUGCCAGUCUCCCACUCCAUCACGCCCUCUGCCGCAGAGCAGGAGAACCCGGAGAUUGCCGCGCUGCGCUCAGAGUGGGACGACGAUGAGGACGAUGAUGCAGAGACACGCGGUGGCCCUGUGGCAGUGGCGGCGGCGACGGUGUCCAUGGGCGGCCCUGGGGGAGCCAUGGCCAUCGUGACGCGGGACAUUGCGCCGGUGAGCAGCACAGUGACGGACGCUUACAGUGGCGGCGUCAAGGUCAACAUGAACAAGCUGGCCGGCCUGCUGCCUCACAUGGGCAAGGUGCCAGACACUGACAGCUAUGAGGCUAGUCGGGUGAAGCAGGAGGCCAUGCUGAGCAGCAGCAGUAGUAUGGUGGUGGCGGGUGGCGGCGGCGGCGGCCGUGAGGUGACAGAGACGAUUACGGCAGACACGUUGGACAUGAAGUGCCGGCGGCUGCUGGAGAAGCUGUUUGACCACGCUCUGCUGUUGCAGUGCGGGCUGCUGGAGGAGCACGUGUCGGUGGUGCUGGGGCGGGUGCUGCAGCACUACGGGGUGAAGAUGAUCGAGGACUAUGGCCAGGGCCAGUACGAGGUGCUCAAGUACAACCUGUGGCGCCUCAUUGAGUGGAAGGUGACCAUGGAGCAGAUGGAGGAGUUCUACUCGGAGGGAAAGAGUGUGGAGGAGAUGAUGGACGACAUCAUGCACGACCACGUCCCCCUCGUCUCUCACCACUACGUGCCCCGCGACCAGGCUGCAGACCCCGGCCCACCCCCCGCCCCUGCCCAGCCCCAGGCCCCGCCGCCGCCGCCGCAGCAGGUUGAGGCGGUGGAGGUGUCUGAGGGGCAGGUGGUGCUGCAGCAUGUGGCUGGCAUGCUGGGGGGGCAGAUCAACCUGCCUGAGGGGGUGACGCAGGUGGUGCUGUCCCAGGACGUGUCGCCGGACCUGCUGCAGGGCGCCCACAUUGUGACCAUCGACCCCACCACGGGCCAGGUCAUCUCCCAGGUCACGGCUGACCAGGUGAUCCUGGCCGACGCCAUCGGGGACGAGCUGGAGCAGCAGGUGUCAGCGCUGGACGGCGGCAGCGUGGUGGUCAGUCAGGGCCAGCUGGGCCAGGUGAGCCAGGGCACCAUCGUGGUCACCCACCCCUCCGCCGUGCCCCUCCAGGCUGGCCAGGUGCUGGUGCAGGACUCCUCCGGCCAGCAGGUGGUCAAGAUGGAGGCUGUCACCACCACUGCCCCACGCUGAUCCCCCCUCCCCCCCCGAACCAACCCUGUACAAAACCACGUUGGAAAAGACUUUUUUCUUAUUAGUACCUCUAAGUCUUCUAUACAUAUAUAAAUACUAUAUAUAAAGAUACUAUACAUAGAGACACACCACUCUCACUAAUACAACUACACCAACAACUGCUGCCGCCGCCGCCGCAGCAUCUUGUCACGUCAUCCACCACGAGUGACGCUAAACAUCCACCCUCUGUCUGUCUGUCUGUCUGUACGUGUGUGUGUGAGAGAGAGUGAGUGAGUGAGUGAGAAUAUGUGUGUGUGUGUGUGUCUUCAUUACAGAACACACCGCCACCGCCACCACCACCACCACCACCACCACCACAGUCUCCGUAGUGAGUGCCUUCCUCCACCACACAGCUGGGGCGGAGGGAAGGAGGUAUAGUGGAGGAAACUUCUCUCCGCCUUGUCCUUCCCUCCUGGCCCUCCAUCUCUCCCCACACUCCCUUUCUCUCCUCCUUCCCUUCUCUCUCCAUUUCCUCCCUUUAUCUUCUCUCCUUCUCUUUCUCUCCAUUUGUCCUAUCCUUUUCUUCUCUCCCUUUUCUCCACCUCAUCCCUUUUCCUCUCCUUUCUCUCCUCUCCCUCUCUUUUCUCCACCUCCCUUACUCUCUCUCUCUCUCUCUUCUCUUCCAAAGCUAAGUCAUUCCUUCCUUCAUUAAUAUAUCGAGUGAAUUAUUAUUAUUAUUUACUAUUAUUAUUGUUAUUUUUAUCAUUAUUAUCAUCAUUUUCUUGUGUACAUAUUUUUUGUCGUCAGUUUGUGUGUGUGUGUAAAUUUUGUGUAUUUUUUCUACGUCUAGCAUUGUCAUUCCCUCGGUGUGUGUGUGUGUGUAUGUGUGUCUGUCUGUGUGUGUGUGUGUGUGUGUGUGUGUGUGUGUGUGUGUGUGUGUGUGUGUGAUAGAAGUAUGCUUACAUGACUAUUUAUAUGAAAAGAAUAAAUAAAUAAAGAUGAUUACAUA